UCAUCGAUGGAAACUCAAAGUCAGGAAGAAGUUAUAGGGCAGAACAAGAUGCUUCCUCCUGAGCCUGGAUCAUUCCAAGAUCGCGAAGAUCUUAUCAAAUAUGUUCGCGAUUUCGGAGCUAGUCAAGGAUAUGUGGUGACUAUAAAGAAGUCUAGGAAAGAUAGAAGAGUCAUUCUGGGUUGUGAUAGAGGAGGCGUUUACCGUAACAGGCGCAAAAUCGAUGAAAGUAAACGCAAAAGGAAAGCAAGUUCGCGCCUUAUAAAUUGUCCUUUUGAAGCCAUUGGUAAAAAGGAAGAUGAUUUAUGGGUGCUUACCAUAAAGAAUGGGCAUCACAAUCAUGAAGCCCUCAAGGACAUGUCAGAGCAUCCUUGCAGUCGUCGUUUUACCGAGGAAGAGGUAAGGCAAAUUAAAGUAAUGACUGAAGCCGGUAUUAAGCCCCGUCAAGUACUUAAGGCUCUCAAGCAAACUAAUCCAGAAUUACAGUCAACACCAAGGCAUUUGUACAAUCUCAAAGCUAAGAUCCGUCAAGGAACUCUGUCAGAGAAGAGUUUCAACUCAUGGAGACCUAAUAGAUCUGUUCUUGUGAUCACAAGUAUAUCUCCCUCCAGCGGGACAGUGAAGCAAAAUAACCAGCCGCUGAAGGUUCCUAAUUUUAUUGGAGGGAAAUUUGUGGAUUCACAAGGAGGUUCAGUCAUUGAUGUUUUAAAUCCUGCAACACAAGAGGUUGUUUCUCACGUUCCUAUAAGUACCUAUGAAGAGUUCAAAGCUGCAGUUAGUGCAGCCAGGCAAGCUUUUCCUUUGUGGAAAAAUACACCUAUCACGACUCGUCAAAGUAUCAUGUUUAAGCUCCAGGAGCUCAUCCGCAGAGACAUUGAUAAGCUUGCCAUGACCAUAAUAACCGAACAAGGUAACACACUAAAAGGUGCCCAAGGUGAUCUGCUUCGUGGUCUAGAGGUUGUUGAACAUGUGUGUGGGAUGGCAACUCUACAAGUGGGGGAGUUUAUUCCCAACACAUCUAAUGGAAUUGACACAUAUUCCAUUAGAGAACCUCUAGGUGUUUGUGCUGGAAUAUGCCCCUUGAACUUUUCAGCUACGACUCCUUUGUGGAUGUUUCCAAUUGCAAUUACAUGUGGGAAUACUUUUGUCCUCAAGCCUUGUGAAAAGUAUCCAGGGGCUUCACUGAUGCUAGCAGCACUAGCAGUGGAGGCUGGUUUGCCUGAUGGUGUCUUAAAUAUCGUUCAUGGUGGCCAUGAUAUCGUUAACUAUAUCUGUGAUGAUGAUGACAUAAAAGCUAUAUCCUUUGUUGGUUCAAAUGCUGCUGGAAUGCACAUAUAUGCUAGAGCAUCUUCUAGGGGUAAACGUGUUCAGUCCAAUAUAGGAGGGAAAAAUCAUGCCAUCAUCAUGCCUGAUGCUAGUGUUGAUGCUACUUUGAACGCUCUAGUUGCUGCAGAUUUUGGUGCUGCGGGCAUGGCACUCAAUACUGCUAUUUUUGUUGGGGGUUCAAUGCCAUGGGAGGGACAACUUGUGGAGCAUGUGAAAGCCCUAAAAGUAAAUGUGGGAACUGAUCCUAAUGCUGACAUUGGUCCAGUAAUUACUAAAGAGGCAAAAGAUCGAAUUGGCAGAUUAGUCCACAACAGUCUUGAGAGUGGUGCUAGACUUCUACUUGAUGGGAGAAAAGUUCUGGUUCCGGGAUACGAGAACGGGAAUUUUGUUGGUCCUACAAUCUUGUGUGAUGUGACAACCAACAUGGAUUGCUAUAAGGAAGAGAUUUUGGGACCUAUUCUUUUGUGUAUCCAGGCUGACAGCUUAGAAGAGGCCAUCAUGAUUGUUAACAGAAACAGGCAUGGGAAUGGGGCUUCUAUAUUCACGGCAUCUGGUCUUGUUGCAAAGAAGUUUCAGAUUGAAGUUGAGGCUGUUCUGGUUGGAAUCAACGUUGCUGUUCCAGUUCCAUUGCCAUUUUCAUCAUUCAAUGGAUCAAAGUCAACUUUUGUUGGCAAGUCAGGCGUUCAGUUUUACACCCAGAUCAAAACGGUUGCUCAACAGUGGAAGGAUUUAUCAAGCCUCGCAAUGCCACUACCUGCACCUCUAACAUCUGAGAAAGACAUGAGGAAGAGCUCUGAGAGAGAUUCACCGAGCCAAAGAAUGUCGCUAGCUAUGCGUCCAGCAUCGGAGACUGAUUCUUCAAGCCACAGUGUUCUGCUGCCCACCCCUCCACCAUCUGAGGCAGAAUUACCGAACCCAGGAGCCUCGUCUGUGUCAUCAACAGCUGAUAGGGAUUUACCAAGCCAGGGUGUGUACUUGCCACCAACUUCGGAGAGGGAUUUGUGUAAUGGAGAAAUGCCGCUAGCUCCACCUCCAGCAGUGGAGAGAGAUUUGUCAAGCCAAGGAGGGUCGAUAGCCUCAACUCAGAUAUCGGAGAUUAUGUAUAUGCCACAAGCAUCUAGGUGGAAUGAAACUACACAACAAACAUCCCAAAGGAGUGAAUCUUUUUCACCAAUUUUGGAAAGAAGUCACACGCCGACAUCUCAGACGAAAAACAACACAACGCUGGCUUCUCAAAGGACCGAGAUCAAUAUGGCCCUAACUUCUGAGAGGGUAUAUAUGUCUUCCUCUCAUGACAAUAUGGGUUCAAUGUCGCUCGGGGACGACGGUAUGGCUACAACAUCUCGAGUUGAUUCUUCUGUUAAUCCACCUUCCAAGAGGGCAUAUAUGCUUGGAACAUCCCAUCUGAGUGACAGUAUGAGUCGAACGUUUCAAAGGUCCAAUACCAUGUUCACUACAUGCGAGAGGCUCUGCAUGCCAACCAUAUCUCACCGAGGUGACCAUAUCGGCUCAAGUUCUCAAAGGACCGAUGUUUCUCUGCAUUCAGCUUCUGAGAGGAUAUACAUAUCUGCAGCCACGUCUCAAAGGAAUGACAACUUAGGACCGGCUGCUUCGCAACAAGCUGAUCCUAUGCCUUCAACUUCCGAGCGAAUGUACAUGCCUCACAUGGUUCAGACGAAUGCCACUAUGACUCCAACCUCCGAGAAAUUAUAUAGUCGUGGCACAUCUCCAAGAUUAUAUCAUCAAAACACAAUUAUAUCAAUGGAGGAAUUUCCAAGCCAAGGAGCAUCACUGGCUCUACCAACAUCACAGAGGAUAUAAGACCGAAGCUACUCUCUCUGUACCUUCAGGACUUUGAAACUGGGAAGACGAACUGUUCUCAAUGCCAAAAAAGUUAUCUUGUUUCCUUUGAAUAAUCAGGCUUCAAUUCUUAUUCGAGGUUUAGGCAACUCCCUUGGUGUCUCUUUCACAAUAAUCAUUAAUCGGGCCCCAGAAGAAUCGUGUGGUGGGAGAGAGAGAGGGGAAAAAUCUUCCCUUGCUCCCAUCUCUCAUUUACGACAGAAGCAAGAAGAAAUCCGUAGCGAUAGCUUGAUUUGCUAUUCCUUGAAGCACUUGACCUCUCAAUAAGAAAGUGGGCUUGAUGGCUAAAGAAGCAUUGAAGUUUGUGACAUGGAAAUUGAAUAUGUGAAACUGCUGUAGUUGAAGCACAUCCAAGGGUUCAAGAUUUAGUACAAAUUGUGAUGGAUACAAAUAUUUGAUCAUCGUAGGUCUCUGUUAGGAAAGUAUUGUUUUAGCUUAAGCACAUAUGUGGGUAGUUUGGCGCUGGUAGACACAUCUUAACAUAGGUGGAGACUCGUUUUACUUUUUAAUAUUUUUUGUCCGGCUCAAACUAGGCUCUUUCAAGUGAUUACUAAAAAUAGUUCAGUGAUUUAUUAAUUCACAUGUGUACGUUUAUUUU